GCAGAGGACCCGGCGGAAACUGCCCUUAGCCCAGGGGAAGGUGAGCGGAGGCGGAAGCUGUGGGAACGUCUGCGACCCGGGAGGCGACACAGUCUGGCAGAUGAGCUUUGACGGGGCCACUUCUUCUUGAAUUGUCUGUCCCCCUCCUCCGGCCCAGGUGGGGAACUAGGGCUAGUUUUGCCACUAGCUGUGUGACCUCGGUAGAAUUAGGCUAUUUGCUGAAGCUUCCUUCUGUGGGAACCAGGGAGAAGUUUACACUUUGCCCUUUUCUCAGCAUGGCUUUGGUCUGGAAAUUCCUGAGUGGUAGCCUGGUUCUCAAAAAGUGCCUGGAGUCACACAAGACCCUUCUUCCAUUUCCGGGGCUUUGCACUGCAAACUAUUGUUCUGGGAGUCUUCAGAAGCCGGGUGCCACUUCUGGCAGAGCCUCCCAGCAGGGGAAGCCUAAAGAGGAUUUGCAAGGCCACGAGCAGACGCAGACAGAAGUCGCUUUGGAUAUCCCCUCUUCUGAAGAGAGGCCUGAAAUGGAUUUUGAUAAAGCAAUUAGAGACGAAGUAAAGAACCACUUCAGACUCCUGAAGAAUGAGUUGGUGAAUUACUGGAUAGGGCCGGAAGGCCGGCCCCUGCACAAUAUCCUGCUAGAGCAAACUAGAGUUGUCUGGCAGUUUCGAGGCAGAGAGGACUUAGACAAGUGGAUAGUGACCUCCGAUAAGAUGAUUGGAGGCAGAAGUGAAGUGUUUCUGAAAAUGGGCAAGAACAACCAAAGCGCACUGCUGUACGGGACUCUGAGCACUGAGGCCCCCAGGGAUGGGGAGAGCAGCCAGAGUGGGUACUGUGCCAUGAGAUCCAGGGUGCUCAGGGGUGCCUUUGAGAGGAGGCAGAGUUACAAUUGGAGCCAGUACAACAGUCUAUACCUGCGCAUCCGUGGUGACGGCCGGCCGUGGAUGGUGAACCUCCAGGAGCAGGUGGAAUUCAUCCAGAGCAAGGACUGGAUGUACAGCUACUUCAUGUACACCCGGGGAGGGCCCUACUGGCAGGAGGUCAAGAUUCCUUUCUCCAAAUUUUUCUUCUCAAAUAAAGGAAGAAUCCGGGAUGGCCAGCACCAGCUUAUGGUUGACAAGUUACCAGGCAGUGACUUAUCUUCAUGGUUAAUGAAAUAAUGUUGACUCUUCAAUGGACAGAUUCAGUGAAAUCCAGUAAUGACAGAUGUAACUACAGAUGUAUAAAUUUAUUGUUGGUGGGGUCAACAGAGUGGAACUUCUGGACAUAUAACUAAGAGAUGAUCACCGGAGAUUCAGCUCAGUGGCACCACGUCUGCCUUGCAAGCACAAGGUCCUGAGUUCGAUCCCCGAUACCGGAAAAAAAAAGGGAGUUGAUGGUGAUCCUGAGUCCAUACUCUCAUUAUUACCCAAGGCUCCAGAACAGCAGUGAGACAAUCACAUGUAUUAGGAGAGGUGCUGUGAGGUCCAGGCUGCUCUGUACAUGGCUGUGAAGUAAGGCUUAGACCUUUGACCACCAUUCUUUUUUUUUUUGGUACCGGAGAUCGAACUCAGGUCCUUGUGCUUGCGCAGCAGGCAGCGAAACCACUGAGCUAAAUCCCCGGCCCAUGACCACCAUUCUUAAGUAGUAUCAAAUGAAAUUAGGACCACAAAUUAUAGGUACCUCAUAUUCCAUGCUAAUUUGAUAAACAGAAUUCAAAACUUCAAGAAAAAAAUCAGUAACAAAAUGAAGAUUAGCCAAAUAGGUCUUAUUUUUUAUCCUUAUCAAAUGUGUGCCUAGGAAAGUUGGAUCAAACAAGAAAACUGAACCUAAAUGUAAAGAAAGAUUAGCAUUUAAUCAAAACUGCUGACCUUGCUGUGGCUGAUCCUUUCAUUUUCUCCCUUUUUUUUGCUAACAUCAGGUACACCUGAAAUCAUGCCCCUGGUUACAAUUUGGAAAUGAUCUCCUUACUUGACAUUCAUUUUCGUCCCUGAGAGACCGGAGCGCUUGACCGAUCCUUUCAGACUCACAAUGCUCCGCCUCGCAGGGCCUUGGGCCUGGCCUUGUGAGCGCCGCUGGCUGGCAGGAGUGCAAGCUGCAGAGAGCCUUCCUCUUGGAGGUCUGGGUGUCAUUACGCCUCGCUGACUGCCAGGCUGCUUCUGAAGGAAAGCAGAAAGAGCUUAGCCUCUUACGUGGUACCUUGUCCUUUGCAAAGUUCUUGGUUUCUCACCCACUCGGAAUUUGACCUGCAUCCCUUCCUCCCCUCCCCUCAUCCUGUGCUGCCUGUCUGGCCCCUGCAGUUCCCCCCGCUGUGUUGCUGUGGUGGCCAUUCCCUGAGAACUGUGUGACCAGAGCCUUUCCAGGCUGCCACAUACCCAUGUAUUUUCUAACUAGAAAGAAUGUGGCCAAACAGUCCCUUGUAGGUCUAGGCAUGGGACCUCUCAGAGUGUGAUACACAGUUUUAAAAUAUAAGCUUAAAGAAGAACCUACUACAGAUUAAGCAUGUACAAUCUACAAAUGAUUCUACCUACUCCCUUGCCCCACCCACUCCCUUGCAAUAGCAUUUUAAAGUUCUUAAAAAUACCCCCCUCCCCAUAAAAAAAUGGAAGAGAGGGAAAGAAAUGCUCACUUUUAGUAUAUGUGCUGCCGAAGCGAGCACAUGAAAUGCUCACUUUUGACAUAGCUGUGAAGGGCUGCACUUAGGUUAUCUGUUUUUGGGUACCAGGGAUCGAAUUCUGGACCUUGAGCUUGCGAGGCAGGCAGUGGAACCACUGAGCUAAAUCCCUGGCCCUAGGUUAUCAUUUUUAGAUAUCAUCAAGGCAAAAGAAUAAAUGAGGGCCGGGUGUGGUGGCGGACACCUGCAAUCCCAGCCCUUGGGAGCCUGAGGCAGAAGGAACACUCUGAUUUCGAGUCCAGCCCGGGCUACAUAGUGAGUUCAAGGCCAGCUUGGACUACAUAGCAAGACUGUGUCUCAACCCUGUCACUGGGCCAGGGAUUUAGCUCAGUGGUUCCAGCGCCUGCCUUGAAAUUGAAAGCACAAGGUCCGGGAUUCAAUCCCCGCCCCCCCGCAAAAAACCCCACCCUGUCACUACAGGUAUGUAUUGCAAACAUUUUAAUAAAAAUUUUUUAUCAUUUAA